AUGACGUCGGAAGAUGGUGAGAUAUUGGAAGAGGAUCCGACGAUGUGAGUUUAGAAGUUUUUUUUCCAGAUUUUCAAAUUUGAAAUUUAGGAGUGAUAGUUCCUCUUCAUCAAGUUCUUCAUCGGAUUCGGAGAAAGAGGAUAAGCCAAUGUGGAAACAUCGAAAAAUUGUGAAAAGGUAAAUUAAGGGAAAUUUUACAAGAAAAUUCUGAAUGAACAUCUUUCCGAAGUUGUUUUCUAAAAAUUUGGAUUUUUUAGCACUAGACGUGGAUUUUUUAGCACUAGACAAAAUAUGUUGCCCCGUGAAAUUUUCGAUCAGAAAAUUCCAGUUUUUCGAGCCAAAACACACGAGUUUAGUUAAAAAUUGAUAUUAAUUCAUAUGCUGAACAUCUAUUGAGAACUCUCUUCAAAUUAUAAUAUUUUUUUCUCAACUUUUCUUUUCGGUCAAAAAUUUACAAAUCACCUCUUAUUAUAUAAAAAAGAUUUUUUCAAAAUUCAAAUCAAAAAAGUUUUUCGAAAAAACCUAUUUGAUUCCUGUUCAAACUGAUCAAUUCCUAGAUCUCCAAGUAGAAGUCGUCAAGUUCGAAAAGAAAAAGAUGAAAGGAAAUUCGAUGGAAUAAGAAAAAGAUAUCGAAAAUGUAGCAGUAGCAGCUGUGACAGUUCAUGUUCAAGAGAAAGACUUCCGAGAGCAUACAGAUUGAAAAAUGAAACAACCAAACGAGUUCGAAGAAAUUCUGAUAUUUCGAGAUUAUGUUGUUCAACUUGUGGAUCGAGAAAAGCGAGUUUGAAGGUACUUAGAUUUUAUGGAGGAAAUUGAAUAUAUUCAGUUUUUAAGGGUCUAAUCCAUCAUGAAAUGAAUCAACAUGGAUUGAAAAUGCAGUGUGCUUUUUGCUCUUCAACUUGCGAUUCGAAUGAAGAAUUUCGAAAUCACUAUGAACUCGAACAUCCACAGAAAAAGGUAAGAAAUUUAUAAACACUUUUAUUUCUAUAAUACUUUUUGAUUCUUAUAGGUUCAAUGCGUUUAUUGUAAAUGCAAUUUCGAAGAGCCACGUGAAAUGAGUGAUAAACGAUGGAGUUUUGUUUUUGCACACGCAUACGGGGUAAUUUCAGAAAAAUCUUUAAUUUUUUUUUAGAAAAAAAUUUUUUUCAGGAAAAUUUGUACGCGAGAAUGGCGGAAUAUGAGGAGCUCAAUAAUAAUGCGAUUAGCAGAAAAUAA